UACCAUGCCUGAGGGAGCCUAUGUGAAUCGCGAGGAGGAAAGGAUGGUGGGGCAGGAGUCAGACGAGAAGGAGGCUCGGCUUCUGGAGCACAUCGCCCAAACAGUCCCCGCGAACGACCCGCAAGCAGUGAUUAGCGCCAUCGAUUCCUACGCGUGGUCCAGCCCGGAGUUUUUCAUGAACGUCGGCGACGUGAAAGGUGCAAUUUUAGACGACGCCGUCCGUCGCGCGAAUCCCUUCAGCGCACUCGAGCUCGGCGCGUUCUGCGGGUACUCGGCGGUUCGAAUCGCUUCGCGCCUUUCGAAGCCGGGAGCUCGGUUGGUGACUGUGGAGCUGAGCGACCUCCGUUCGUCCGUCGUCCGCAGCGUCGUCGCUCACGCAGGCCUCAGCGACAAAGUUACUGUCGUUACAGGCACGCUGCAGACUUCAACAGAUGAAAUUCGGCAAGGUGCGAGCAAGGUUCCAUUCGAUCUAGUCUUCAUCGAUCACGUGAAGCACCUCUACCUACCAGACCUCUUUUUUCUCAGAGACCAGAAGCUCAUCGGACCAGGAACUAUCAUUGUGGCUGAUAACAUUAAGUGUUGGGCUGAGAAAAGCCCUUAGGAUCUUUUGCAGAGACUAAGUCCCAGCUGUAGAGACUUGAGACUUGGAGUAGUGCAGCGGAAGUUGAGGCAGUUGAACCCUUGUACUAGUAUGUGAGAACAAGUGAUUAAUUAAGGAAACAAGCAUAC